GCUGCUUGGUGAAAGAAAAUGAUAUCCUUCAGUGGGGAAGUUUUUGUUAAGUACCUCAUCCCUAAGACUAAUGACACGCGUACGGCUGUUUGAGAAGUUUCACUAUUCUUUUGAUUGCAGUGUGUAAAGAUAUAAAACAUAGAGAGAAAGAGGAGGAAUUAUAUUUUUCAGAUUUGGAAAACGAAGGGAAAGUAGUAGUCCCCUUACUUAAAGCUUUGUGUGAAGCAAUUGAGGACAAAGUCUCCAAUGGAAGAUCGUUUAUCGAAAAGAUGAGAAAUGCGAGGCAAAUGUGUAAAGAUAUAAAACAUAGAGAGAAAGAGGAGGAAUUAUAUUUUUCAGAUUUGGAAAAUGAAGGGAAAGUAGUAGUCCCCUUACUUAAAACUUUGUGUGAAGCAAUUGAGGACAAAGUCUUCACUGGAAGAUCGUUCAUCGAAAGGAUGAGAACUGCGAGGCAAAGAAAGAAAGGUGAAGCUCUAGUUACAAACCGAGCUACUUAUCCUGUGGAUGAUAAAUCAUUUGAAACAUGCAGGAUUUCGAACACGCUCGACUGCACAGAAGAUAAUAACAUCUAUACCAAUGACAUACCUGAAAUUGCCGACAAUGAAAUGGCCUUGGACGACAAGUUUGAGACCGAUAGCAAAGAAGAAGACGAAUAA